AUGAUAGCUCGCCGACUUCCAGAAUAUGGGUACAUUGUUACCAAUAAUUCCUACAUUCAGCGAUCUUUAUCCACCGACUGCGUGACACUCCAAGAUCCCGUGGGUUGUUUUGAACAAGCAAUUCUGUUGCCCCUAAGACGUUUAAAAAAUAAACCAAAAGCGAACUGGUACAUUGUCAUUGAUGCCUUAGAUGAAUGUCUUGCUCAAAGUGAAACAGGUCAUAGUAUCGUUUAUUUGCUUAACAAUAAGCUUCCCCGUUUUCCGUCAUGGCUGAAACUUGUGAUGACCUCUCGCAAUGAAUCUAGCGUUUCCAUCAACUCGAACAGCGUAGCAAAGCUCAUCAUUGAUCCUGACGAUAUCCGAAAUAUAGAAGACAUUGAACUUUUUUUGUCUACGAAACUUCUUCAAGAUGGUCCCUUAAUAAACCGAAUUAAGUUUUGGUUUGGAGAUAACAGCAUUAAAAGCACAGCCAGACUAAUCUCCGCUUUGUUGAGCAAAAGUCAGGGAAAUUUCCUGUUCGUUAAGGAGAUGCUUCAUCAUUGGGAAACUUCCAGAGCUGAAAAGAGAGAUCCCUAUGCACUACCUGAGACGCUUGGCGAUUUAUACCACAGCUACUUCGAACGCCUGUAUAGUCGAAAGGAACAAUUCCGGCCGAUUCGGCGAGUGCUAGAACUACUUGUGGCAACAUUUCAGCCACUGUCACUUAAAGAAAUUUAUGAAGUUCUUAAAACAAAGGAAGAAAAUCUCGAAGAAGAAUACGAAUUUAAAGAUAGAAUUAACGGACUGGGACAUUUUUUAAGAUACGGAGAAAAUGACACGGUGACAUUAUAUCACCUCUCUUUAACAGAAUGGCUCACCAGUGAAAGCAACAAGAAUAGUCUAUUUUACGUCAGCAAGAAAAAAGGACAUGAAAUGUUUUGCGAUUACUACUUAAUCUUAAUUGCUGACGGAGAUAAGUCCUCGUUGUUGAAAUACAUUCUGACUCUGGCGCAACACAUAACCUAUGGUGGUUGGAAGGCGUCUUACGUUAAACAGUUUCUGAAGUUUCCUUCACAAGUUGUCAAUUCUUCGGAUCCUACAAGUAAUAGGACUUUGUUGCACCUUGCAGCCACGAUAAACAGCACAGACGUAAUGGAGCUACUGCUGAGACACUUCAGUUGCAUUGACUGUAUUGAUAAUCGCGGGAUAACACCUGCAUUUUUGGCCGCGGAGCAUGGACUCGUUAAUAAUCUGGCGCUAAUGGUGAGCAAGGGAGCCAAGGUAAAUCGCAAGACGAAGUCUUUGUUAUUCAUUUUGGAAUCAGAAGGAAACGAGUAUGAUGAAUUUGUCACUAAAAAUUGUCUUUGGACUCCAGUUCUUCAAUCAAAGUCAAAGUACUGGGGUUCCACAAUGCUCCACGCUGCAGCUCGCCGAGGGCACAUGGAAGUUGUUGCCUUUCUUCUCGACAACGGUGCUUUUAUUUCAACCGUCGAUGGUGUCAAUUUAACUGCACUACAGAUAGCCGCUGAGAAUGGGCAUUCAGAGGUCGUUAAAGCGUUAUAUAAUGCCGGUGCAGUUGCAGAUCAAACCUCUCUUCACCAUGCAGCCGCCAAUGGUAGGUUGGAGGUGGUAAAGUACCUUUUGAAAAUUGGUGUGAGGGAUAGGUGUAUCAGAUGCGAUGGGUCCUUUUACUGGCUGAAAACGCUAAAACAUGUACAUCGUUUGCAAAGCAACAUGAAGACGGAAAAUGUCAUGUCAGUUCAUAUAAACGAACAGUGUUUUGAGGAUACAGAGCAGAUGGAGAAGGAUCUUUGCAUCGAAAAGAAAACUGAAAACACCACCAACUUUGGAGAGCUUUUUGACGACAAACAUUUAUUAUUUUGCGAAACCGCCAUUCAUGCAGCAGCUUCAGCAGGCCAUGUGGAGGUAGUCAGGGAACUAAUUUCUUCGCCACCAACAGCAUUAACGUGUCGGGAUUAUACAGGGAGAACUGCCUUACACGAGGCUGUUCGUAAAAAUAAUAGUGAGAUUGUGAAAAUGAUACUCAAAAAAGACCCCGCGUUGAUACAUGAAACUUGCAAUCAUUGGCAAAGGGUGGAACACCGAAAUGAAACGCAUAUAUCCUUGAAAUUAAGUUGUGAAGAAUCUAUAGAAUACCACGGUGAUAUCUGUCACUGUGGAUACACACCCCUUCACAUGGCUGCUCGUUAUGGACACUGGGAAAUUGGAAUGUAUCUUAUUAAAAUUAGUGGAGCACGCGUUAAUGCUUCUGACUGCUUUGGAGCGACCCCACUUCAUGUUGCCGCUUGCCAUAACCACAAGUUAUUUGUACAUAUGCUGAUGCGUUCAGAAAGCAGUGCUAACAUUAACAGCAUGACAGCUAAUGGUUCGACACCUCUUCACAGCGCCGCAGCAUGUGGAGCCGUUGAAAUUAUUGACCUACUACUGUAC